AUGGCGCAGGAAACCUCAGCCACGGAUAGACAACUCAGCUCGUCGCGGACGAACCUCUACCCCCUCGAGCUCUGGUGGUCCGUCGCCAUCUUCAUGUUCGUCGUCGGCACGUUCAACUGGGGAUCGUACAUCCACGCGAGACUCAGUCGCUCGCGGCACCAUCGGACCAUAGACAUUGAGCGCGGACCAUCACCUCCAACCCGUGCUCACCCACUUUGGCGAUAUCCAUUGGCUGUCCUCAAUGUUUUCCGCGUCGUCGCGUAUCGCUGGACGCUUAGCUUUGGAGGGUCGUAUUCGCUCAGUGUCGCGGAGAUGUUCGUCACGGCGGCGUACGUUGCUCUGGUGUUCACGUAUGCUUUCAUUAACUGUACGUCUCCUAUUUUCUUACUUCGGAACAUUCCACAGCUCAACUACAUGCAUCGAGUGAUAGGACGGACUGUGUUUGCCCUGCUUUGGGUGCACGGUGGCAGUGAACUAUACCGGUGCCUUCAGACGUUUCCUGAAGAUCUGGCCAGUGACUGGCUGCGCCUCGGCUUGGUUGCUCAGGUUGCCUUGACUAUCCUUGUCAUCGUAUCGAUACGUCCCAUCCGGGCUCGCUUUUACGAGUUCUUCUCAUUGACGCACACCGUCAUGGUUUUUAUCUUUGUUUUGGGAGGAUACUACCACGCCAAACCACUUCACGGUGCAUACUGGAUCUGGUCUGCGUUCGUCUUCUGGGGCCUCGACCGUUUCAUUCGCCUUGUCCGCCUCAUCGCCUUUAACUACUCAUAUUUUGGCGUCAAGUCCGGCUUCGGAAGCACGAACGCCACGACAGAGCUCAUCUCCGACAACCUCGUGCGCCUGCGCAUCAAGCGCCCGCCUCAUUUCCACUGGACGCCCGGGCAGACCGCCUACUUGGUCAUGCCGUCCGUUUCGACGCUUCCGUUCGAGUCGCACCCGUUUACGAUUGCGAGUGUUGAUUCUGAAUGUUUCGUUUCUGCGCCAGGAGAGAAGAGCGAAGACGAGGAAGGGGCGAUGUGGGGCGAUGUUGUCUUCCUGAUCAACGUCCACAAGGGUUUUACGAAGCGGCUUGGGAAGGUGGCUGCUGCUAAGGGCGAAGUGAGGGUGUUCGUGGAUGGACCUUAUGGAUCGACGCCCGAGAUAGGGUGCUACGACACGUGCGUCUUGGUGGCAGGUGGAACCGGCGUCGCUCAUACCCUUCCCGUCCUCUUGGGAAUUGUCGAAGCUGCUCGUAACAACACCAGCAGAUGUACCCGCGUCUCGUUUAUUUGGGCCGUACGCGAUCCUAAUCAUAUAGAACCUGUCGAGCACGCGUUGGCCAGAGCCAUAAAACUCGCCCCUCCAGGCCUCGCUGUAGCUAUUCGCAUACACGUCACAGGCGCUUCCGCGCCAAGCACGGCGGUAACCUCUCGUACCAUCUCCAUCACAGACGACGCAUCCGCGGCCACUGCCGCAGCGCUCACGUCAAAUCCUGUACAAGAAAAAUCGGCUCUUGCUGCUCUCGAUGCUGUACGCGUUGAGUACGGCCGCCCUGAUCUUCAAACGCUCCUUUCUGAGGAGACCUCAGCAACUGAUGAGCGUAUAUUUGUUGAUGUGUGUGGGUCGGACGCGCUCACUCGGGCAACUAAAAAGGCCCUGUGCUUUCCCGUCUCUGGCCCUUCGAGCGUUGUAAGUGGUGGGCCGAGUGUAACGUUACGUGUUGAUUCGUUUGGGUAUGCAUAAGCGCGAUUGAGCUUAAACAGAUGCUGAGAAGGGAUAAACCAAAAGAAGCUCGGCGAUGAAGUAGUUUUUAGAUACAUCUUAUUUGUUAUCGAAGCAUUAGAACC